GUAAUGUACGCCAAUCCAGUGAAAAAAUCCUUGUAGGGUGAUAAACUUGGCUCGCAUCCAACUACGUAAAGCGUGAUUUCUCGAGAGGCCAGGUUAUUUGUAACUUUAAAGGGGUCGUGUCCUAGAGGACAGCCUAAUGGAAAUCCGUCCCGUCCCAUUCCAAGUCCGUGGCGGUGCAUCAGCAAUCAGCACGGCUAUCUUAGUUGCACUUCUUCUCCAGGAGAAAUUCAAGAGCGCUUGCAGUCCAUCUACCACAGCUUCAGGAGUAUCCCCUCCUCCUCUGGCAGAACAGACGCUCAACCACGAUUUCAUAAUGGUGACGUCGAAGUGUGUGAUCAAGCAUGUGGAGGCCAAUAACGCAUGUCCUCAUAAGGAGUGUGGCGUUGAAGUAGACCCUGACAGCAAGGUGAUGAAGAUUCUUGAAGCUACACUGAGGGAGAUGUUCCGGGAGUACAGCUGUGAAUACACUCCACCUAUGUCACUAGGCGGAGAUGUGGUCAAAGUCACCAUCUUAACUGGAGAUGCAGUGGUCCUGCCCUACAGUGCAGACCUCACAAUCCUUCAACUGAAAGACGCCAUCAAGAAAAGGUUCAAACAUGAUCACAGCAAGCAAAAACUUGUGUACAAUGAAAAAGUACUGGAGGUCUUUGGCAGAUCACAUAAAAAGAUGACACUAGCCGACUAUGGCAUAGAAGCAAAUGCCACAAUCCAUCUGCUUGUCCUUCUGUAUGCAAUCCCAGAUGACCUUGACCACGUUGUCUUUGACCUCCACUGGGGCUAUCCCGCCAGCGCUGGGGAAGACAAUGUGGACUAUCUCGAUGCGUCAUGCUUUGCUUUCAAGAAGAACAUCUACGCCUCUGUUUGCGACUUCAUGAAUGAAUCAGAAGAGUCAUCUGCGAAAAAAACUCGUUUCAAUCUCAUGCGCCAUGUGAGAACAGAUAACGGAUGCAGUGCUGCCAUCAAACACUCCGGUGAUCGUAUGGAUGAUACUAAUAAACGUGGGCACCACACCAUUGAAGUUCACAUGAAGAAGAUCCCAGAGUCGGUGUCACAUCUUAUCUUCACCCUGAGCGCCUUCAAGGCCCCCACUGUCUCCAAGUUUCCCAACCCAACACUUCAGUUCUAUGAAGCCUCCAAUACUAAUGCUGACCUUUGCUCUACAUCAUUUGACAGAGCAAUCCACAGCCGAGCUAUCAUCAUGUGCUGUGUGGCUAAAGACCAUGCUGGGAAAUGGCAGAUCUACGACUGUGGAGCUGAGUCCGAUGGGUGCGCAGCAGGGUACCUCAAACUGGUGGCUACCAUCAAGAAACUCAUGAAAACAGGAAUCCUCUAGUUCAGGACACUGAAGGAACGAUAUCUGCGGAAAAAGUCCCUGAAUCCAAACAUGAAUACCCUGCAACUGAAUUUAUCCAUCCUGCACUGCUGUAUGUGUGAGAUAGUAAAGUUUUAUGCCACUUUUAGCAAUAUUCCAGCAAUAUCACGGUAAGCAACACCAGAAAAUAUUCAAUUCAUUCUUAAGAGGGAACAUGUGUUUAGUCAUGUCUUUGUUUAUUCAUGUUCACAUGAAAUGACGUAAAAUUUUCACACAUUUAAGAAGCACCUUGUUCAAUAAAGCAAGCUUUGUACAUGCAUCCCAAUUACCAUGUUUUAGUCCCAACUAACCUGAAAAAAAUAAGGUGUUCAGGUAAUGACCCCGCUUUCAUCCUUUUCCUUGUUUGCGUGUUAGAUUUUUCUUGUGUUUGUCAUGCAGAAAACUGAGUGAGAACAUUUGUCUGUGGUAGUUGUUCUUGUGCUCCAGGCGCUUCCAGUGUCAGGAUGUUCAUCACCUGGGUACACUGACAAUCCAAGACAUGGGAUAUAUAAAAUAACUUGAUUGUU